AUGCCUGCUGUUGAUGUUUCUUCCGUUCCUGCCGUCUCUGGCAAGGAGACUGCCCAGGCUGUCGCCGUUCUCGAGGACUUGAUCAAGAACCUCAACAUCUCGACAAGUGCUGACGAGGUUCACGCUGCCACUGGCAACCUCGCCACCUACUUCAGCGGUCCUAUCCCUGAACAGACUCUGCCACUCAAGGCCGUUGAGGCUUUCCAGAAGCAGCUCAACAACAAGAAGGAUGCUACUGCCCGUGAGCGUGCUUGCGAGGCCAUCCGCGCUAUCGCCUCCCACCAGACAAUCGCCCCCGGUGUCGAGCCCCACCUCGUCUCUCUCCUCGGCCCCGUCCUCGCUGCUGCCGGUGACAAGAUGACUGCCGUGCAGAAGGCUGCCCAGGCUGCCGCCCUCGCAAUUGUACAGGGCAUCAACGCCAACGCCGUCAAGGCUGUUGUGCCGGUCAUUCUGAACUCCCUGCAGAACGCCCAGAAGUGGCAGGAGAAGAUGUGCGCUCUCGACUGCCUCAACUGCCUCGUCGAGUCCGCUCCUGCUCAGCUCUCCUUCCGCGUGCCGGAGCUGAUUCCCGCUGUGUCUGAGGCCAUGUGGGACACCAAGGCCGAUAUCAAGAAGGCUGCCUACUCCACCAUGGAGAAGGUCUGCGGUUUGAUCGUCAACAAGGAUAUUGAGCGCUUCAUUCCCGAGCUCAUCAAGUGUAUCGCCAAGCCUGAGAACGUUCCUGAGACUGUUCACUUGCUCGGUGCCACCACUUUCGUUUCCGAUGUCACUGGUCCUACCCUCGCCAUCAUGGUCCCUCUGCUUGACCGUGGUCUCGUUGAGCGUGAGACUGCCAUCAAGCGUAAGUCCGCUGUCAUUGUCGACAACAUGUGCAAGCUCGUGGAGGACCCCCAGAUUGUCGCUCCCUUCUUGCCCAAGUUGAUGCCCCGUCUCGAGAAGAACUUCGAUACCCUUGCCGACCCUGAGGCCCGUGAGAAGACCAAGCAGGCCUUGGACACCCUCGUCCGUGUUGGUGAUGUCAAGGAUGGCAAGAUCCCCGAGAUCUCCACUGCUGGUGACGUUGAGACCGUCGCUGGUAUUCUAAAGGAUAUCCUCUCCCCCAAGUACAAGGCUCAGAUCGAGAAGUCUGAGGCCAUCAUCAACUAUGUCGGUGCCAUCGCUGGUCAACUCGUUGACGAGAAGGACGCCGAGGUCAUCAGCUGGACCCAGAACGCUCUUCCCUACAUCACCGCCAUUGUUGGUGAGGAGGAAGCCAAGGCCAUUGCUGAGACUCUGCGCAAGCGUGCUUCUCCUGGCGCUGCCGACGCUGAUGCCGUUCUGUCCGACGAGGAGGAGGGCGAAGAUCUCUGCAACUGCACCUUCUCUCUUGCUUAUGGUGCCAAGAUCCUGCUGAACCAGACCUCUCUCCGCCUGAAGCGUGGCCAGCGUUACGGUCUUCUCGGACCCAACGGUACCGGUAAGACUACUCUGAUGCGUGCCAUCAACAACGAGCAGCUUGAAGGUUUCCCCAAGAAGGACGAGGUCAAGACUGUCUACGUUGAGCACGACUUGGAUGCCGCCGACACUGAGCAGACCGUCAUUGGCUGGACCAUGAAGAAGCUCCGUGAGGUCGGUAUCGACACCACCCAGUCCGAGGUCGAAUCCAAGCUCGAAGAGUUCGGUUUCCUGCGUGAGCAGUUCGAAGGCCCCAUCACCUCUCUGUCUGGUGGUUGGAAGAUGAAGCUGGCUCUUGCCCGUGCCGUUUUUGAGAAGCCCGACAUUCUGCUCCUUGACGAGCCUACCAACCACUUGGACGUCAAGAACGUUGCCUGGUUGGAGAACUACCUUUGCAACUCUCCUUGCACUUCCAUCAUCGUCUCCCACGACAGCAAGUUCUUGGAUAAUGUUAUCCAGCACGUCGUCCACUACGAGCGCUUCAAGCUCAAGCGUUACCGCGGUAACCUGAGCGAGUUCGUCAAGAAGGUUCCCAGUGCUCGUUCCUACUACGAACUCAGCGCCUCGGACAUGGAGUUCAAGUUCCCCGAGCCUGGUUUCCUUGAGGGUGUCAAGACCAAGGCCAAGGCCAUCAUCCGUGUCAGCAACAUGUCUUUCCAGUACCCUGGAACUCCCAAGCCCCAGCUCACCGACAUCAGCUUCCAAGUCUCUCUGGGCUCUCGUAUCGCCGUCAUCGGUCCCAACGGUGCUGGUAAAUCUACCCUGGUCAAUGUCCUGACUGGUGAGCUCAUCCCCACCAGCGGUGACGUCUACCAGCACGAGAACAUCCGUAUCGCCUACAUCAAGCAGCAUGCUUUCGCUCACAUCGAUAACCACCUCGACAAGACUCCCUCUGAGUACAUUCAGUGGCGUUUCCAGACUGGUGAGGACCGUGAGACAAUGGACCGCGCCAACAAGAUCGUCACCGAGGAUGAUGAGAAGGCCAUGGACAAGAUCUACAAGAUCGAAGGUACCUUCCGUCGUGUCAUCGGUAUCCACGCUCGUCGUAAGUUCAAGAACAGCUACGAGUACGAAUGCUCCUUCGCUCUUGGUGAGAACAUUGGCAUGAAGAGCGAGAAGUGGACUCCUAUGAUGAGCAAUGACAACGCCUGGAUUCCUCGUAGCGAGAUUAUCCAGUCCCACGCCAAGAUGGUUGCCGAGGUUGACCAGAAGGAGGCCCUUGCCAGCGGUCAGUUCCGUCCCCUGGUUCGCAAGGAGAUUGAGGUCCACUGCGCCAACUUCGGUCUCGAUGCCGAACUCGUUUCUCACUCCCGUAUGCGCGGUCUCUCCGGUGGUCAGCGUGUCAAGGUUGUCCUCGCCGCCUGCUCGUGGCAACGUCCUCACGUCAUCGUCCUCGACGAGCCCACCAACUAUCUUGACCGUGACUCUUUGGGUGCCCUGUCCAAGGCUCUCAAGUCUUUCGAGGGUGGUGUCGUUAUUAUUACCCACUCCCGUGAGUUCACUGAGAACCUGACCGAGGAAGUCUGGGCUGUCAUGGACGGCAAGAUGACUCCUUCGGGCCACAACUGGGUUCAGGGUCAAGGAUCCGGUCCUCGUCUGGCCGACAAGGAGGGAGACACCGAGAUAACCGAUGCGUUUGGCAACAAGACGAUUCAAGAGAAGAAGAAGAAGUUGACUGCAUCCGAGAUGCGUAAAAAGAAGAAGGAGAGGAUCGCGAGACGGAAGCGCGGUGAAGAAGUUUUCUCGGAUGAGGAUGACAUCUAA